UUAUACAUUCUCCAUCACUUGUGGGUACGUAACUAAUCUUGUUUUUGCCAUUCUUCCGUGCCAAGAAAAAGACUUGAUCUCAAAAAAUGGGAAAACGCAAAACCAGGACCGAUGAUGAUGCUUCGUCUCCUCAAGGUGACAAAAUAAAAUCUAUGGAUGCCAGGAUUCUUGCCGUUAUGUUUGAGUUGUACAUGGAUGAAAACUUCGAUGCAACCCUAACCGAUAUCGCGAGUCAGUUGGGUGUCCAAGAACGCACUAAGUCGUUCCGAGAAAGAUGGACCGUACUGAAGAACCAAGAGAAUCUUAUCGGGCCUUCCGAAACUGGUAAGAAGGGUUGCUUUCAAUUGACUCAAGCGGGGGUGGACCGUGCAGCGACCCCGGAGUACAGAGAAAUGCUGAAGGAUUUGGCUACCAAACCCAAAACAAACAAGGAUCAUCAGGAACGUACCAAGAAGUACCUCAAGAAGCCCAAGUCCAGUGAGAUAUUCGAUUUACUUCUCGUAUACGGAUCGCUUUCACCCGAUGAUCUUAGUGCUUUGGUCGGUCAGAAUCGAAGGUCGCACGGCUUUCAUUACAGCUUGCAAGAAUUGCGGAGGAAAGGCCUUGUAGAACAUGAUCCCGCCUAUGGAGCGAGUAAGGGAAAAAAACUUCGGCUCGCGGACAAGGCUUUUUUGAAGGGCAGUGAAGACCGUCCGAUUCCGGAGGACAUUGACACAAAAAAUCUUGCCAAAGGCAUAGCCUCGGGUCAAGCCCUGAUCGAAUCCAGAAAACAAGGCGGAAAGAAAAAGAAUAAGAUCAGCAAGGAUAAAAUGAAGAAAGAAGAACCUGUCGAAGAGGAACCAAUCCAGGAAUCCAAUAACGGGGACGUGUCAAACGAAGAGAUCGAUGACGACAAAGAUGAACAUGCGAAUGAGGAACCAAUCCAGGAAUCCAGUAACGGGGACGUGUCAGACGAAGAGAUCGAUAACGAAAGUAAGAUCGGCAAGGAAGAAGUCGAUGUGGAAGAACCUGCGAAUGAGGAUCCAAACCAGGAAUCCAGAAAUGGGAAUCUGUCAGACGAAGAUUUCGAUAACGAAAGUAAGAUCGGCAAGGAAGAAGUCGAUGUGAAAGAAUCUGCGAAUGAGGAUCCAAACCAGGAAUCCAGAAAUGGGAAUCUGUCAGACGAAGAGAUCGAUGACGACAAUAACGUUUAGAAUGAUGGAGUUUCGAAUGAGAAGCCGAAUCAAAAUCCUGAACACGA